AUGGACGAGGAAAAUCUGGGGUGGCGGUCGCACUGGGGCUUUAAGCUCAUUGUUGCUGCCACCAUUGUUGGGGUCGCCAUCAACGCGUUUCCACUCAUGGGAGACUCGCUCAUCCGCCACUCAGUCGCUCUCCUCAGGGCAAAGGACCCUUUCCUCCGGCGAUCAGGAGCGUACCGCCUCGCCUUCAUUGCUUCCAAUGAUGAGACUCGCAUGAAAAUCAUGGAAGCUGGAGCCCUUCCGCACCUCUUGCUGCUCCUCGAAUCCCCUUUUCACCACACUGAAUCUACCCCUCAUUCGCGCACGGUCAAGGAAGCACUCUCCUGCCUCACACAUCUGGCUCAGUCAGGUGAGCUUUUCGCCUCAAUUUCAACAGGCGCUGCUUCUUCCUCUUCCCCUCCUCCUCCUCCGCUCUUUCCUCCGGAGAGGCGCACGGUCAAGGAAGCACUCACCUGCCUCGCCCACCUGGCUCGGUCAGGUGAGCUCAGGUGCUUUUGA